AUGGUCGUUCGCAUCCGUCUGUCCCGCUUCGGGAACAGGCACCAGCCGUUCUACAAUAUUGUGGUCGCCCAGGCACGGUCGGCUCGCGACUCGAAACCCUUGGAAGUCAUCGGCACCUUCAACCCUAUCCCCCAGCGUCCGACAAACCUGUCCGAGCAGGAAGCCCGCCGCGCAAAAGCAUACAAGGAGAUCUCGCUCGACCGGUCUCGAGCUAGGUACUGGCUCGGUGUGGGCGCGCAGCCCAGCGACUCCGUUUGGAAGUUGAUGACUCUGGUACGUUUGCCUCUGCUGCGAAGGCGUCUAUCGAUAUCCACGACUGUGACGGACGACGACUGCGAAAUAAUAACCACCCGGCUAACGCAUUGUUGUUAG